AUGAACUUGGAUUUAUUGUUGGAACACUUCUAUAGACAGGAUAAACAAGCAAUAACAGAUCCAAACGCAAACCAACCAUUCAACGCGCGUACAAUUCGAUCAGCGACAUACGAUAAUGUUUAUCUCCGCUGCGACGGAAGCGGCGUCAAUGAAUUUAAGCUUUUUGGUGGUGGUGUUGUAAAUGCGCAAUAUGGAGCUGGCGAAUACGAAAAAUUCAAUUUUAUACCGCAAGAGGACGGUUCAUAUGCCAUUCAAUCAUCAAAAUUCCAAAAUUAUCUUCGUGUUCAGAUUUUCGUUCCGAGGUUUAAUUCUAAUGGUACAGGAACUGUGAAUGUUCAGAAUAAUAUUAUACGUCAACCUGACGAUAGUUAUGCGAUCCAGUCUAAAUUAUUCAGAACAUUUCUUCGAUUGGACGGUAGACAAGUCACAUCAUAUAACGAUGCAGGCUCUGGCCUUGUAAAUGUUCAAAGAAAUGUUAGAGAUAUGGAAAAAUUUAUUAUCGAGCCACCGUUAACUCAUUCCACACCUGACAAUAAUGACCGCAAUUCUGAUACUACUGAGUCUGAUUAA